AUGACAAUCCUUUCGUCCCUCCGCGAUCUGUACUCUCUUGACACUCUAGACACGCGGUUUACGAAUUCCUCCCCUACGCCCUUAAAGGCUAUAAACGAGACGCCCUCCAAACAGGCAGUAAGAGAUGGAAAGACACAAUCCGCAGAAACAUCGCGCCCACGAUGGGGAACCGCCGAGUUCUAUGUAUAUCUGGUCGUCUUCUUGUUUUGCGUCCCACAGAUGUACUGGGCUGUAGUCACUGUCUCGCAGCCUGACUCCCCAAACUACUCCAAAUACGAGCAUCUGCUCUCUCCAGGCUGGUUAUUUGGUCGGAAAGUGGACAAUUCCGAUGGCCAAUAUGCUGGUUUUCGAGACAAUAUCCCAUAUCUGGCAGCCCUAGUUGUUUUGCAUCCUCUCCUUCGGAAGGCCUAUGAACGUCUUACACUUCCAAAUCCACCGACUUCCAACGGCAGUGCCAAUUCGCCUCCUCAUGGCCAGUCGACCGCCGAAUCCCGGCUUCAACACCGUCUCGCAUUCGACUUUGGCUCUGCAUUGAUCUACAUUCUUGCAUUGAAUGGCUACUCAAUCUUUAAAAUCCUGCUCAUUCUUUUCGUCAACUUCAAGAUUGCCACAGCUCUUCCACGAGAUACGAUCCCAGUAGCCACGUGGAUCUUCAAUAUCGCAAUUCUCUUUGCCAACGAACUUGCCCAAGGCUACCGAUACUCGGUCAUGGCCGAAGCUCUCGUGCCUUUCUUCCCUGUUGCGGCCGAUUGGGGCAAAUUCUUGGAUUCUUAUGGUGGGCUCAAUCCGCGCUGGGAGGUCCUUUUCAAUAUCACUGUGCUACGAAUGAUUUCUUUCAAUUUCGACUAUUACUGGUCGUUAGAUCGUUCGAGAGCAGGAAGCCCGAUCGAGAAGCAACUCGAUCCCUCUGCACUCUCCGAAAGAGAUCGAGUCAAGAUGCCGGCUCCGGCAUCAGCCUACACCUCAUUUCGCACAUACUUCGCCUAUGUAUUAUAUCCGCCUCUUUAUCUGGCUGGUCCGAUUCUGACUUUCAAUGAUUACAUCUCCCAAUCCACCUAUCGACCACCGUCCGUGACGACAAAAAGAACAGCUCUCUACGGCAUUAGACUUCUUAUCACAAUGUUUUGCAUGGAAUUUCUCAUACACACUGCUUACAUGGUUGCCAUAUCGAAAGCCUCGCCGGACUGGUCUGCAUAUACACCAUUUCAACUCAGUAUGCUCGCUUACUUUAAUUUGCACCACAUCUGGCUGAAGUUGAUGAUCCCCUGGCGGUUUUUCAGAUUCUGGGCUUUGGUGGAUGGUAUCGAUCCUCCAGAAAACAUGGUUCGCUGUAUGAGCGACAAUUAUUCUGCCUUUGGCUUUUGGCGCUCGUGGCACCGAAGCUUCAACAGGUGGACGGUUCGCUAUGUUUACGUGCCGCUGGGGGGUGGGCCUGGUGGGGGAUCAGGCAAAGUGCGCGGCAUACUCAACAUGCUCGCAGUCUUCACUUUCGUGGCUUUGUGGCACGAUAUCCAACUACGACUUCUGCUGUGGGGUUGGCUUGUUGUGCUCUUCGUGUUACCGGAAGUUCUUGCGACGAUGGCGUUCCCGGCGUCAAAAUGGAAGAACCGUCCGAAUACAUACCGCGUCAUCUGUGGGAUCGGAGCGGUCAUCAAUAUUCUGAUGAUGAUGGCAGCGAACCUAGUGGGUUUUGCCGUGGGUUUGGAUGGAUUGAUGGGACUUGUGAAUGGCAUUGUUGGCAGCUGGCAAGGCGCGGUCUUCAUGCUUGGCGCCUGUUGCGCGUUGUUUGUCGGAGUUCAGGUCAUGUUUGAACAUCGCGAAGAGGAAAAGAGAAAAGGAAUCAAGCUGAAGUGUUGA